AUGGUUAGAACUCUCACACAUCACCAAAUGUCGUUCGCUUCGAGCCUUUACAACGUCGUUUUCCGCCGCAACGCGGUUUUCGUUGGAUCCAUCUUCGCUACUGCCUUUGUCUACGACAUUGCUUUCCACAACACCGUUGACAAAAUCUUCGAUAGCUUGAACAAGGGCAAGCAAUGGAAAGAUAUCCGUGGUCGCUAUAUUACCGCCGAUGACGAGGAGGAGUAA